GGUCCAGGCCUGAGGUUUCAGUGAGGGGAGCAACAGGUUGGCUGGUGACAAGGGGCAAAGGCCUAGAAAAAGAGAGGGGGUAAAGACUAAAAAUACCAACAACAACAACAAGAACAAGUGAAGGAGAGCAGCUGAGGACAGACAGGAAGUGAAUGAUCGAGGUGGUCAAAGGAAGAUAAGAAAGAAAGAGAGGCUGAGAUUUAAGCUGUGCUGCUGCAAGUGGAGGUCUGUCACCUUUGAACCACUGGAAGAGACACGCUGAGGCUGAGAAUUAAGACUCUGACAGAGACCAAGAGGACAGCCAUGUUUUCAGCCAGACCAGAGAUCCAGCCGUAAAAGACAAGAGGCGGUCGCCCCCCUCUAACAGAUCCCCCUCCGCCCCACAACGCAACCCUCACCACAGCGGCUCCACAGACGAACAGGAGAGCCCCGAGAGAGUGGUGCAGAAGGAGAAGCUUCAUGCAGAGCUGAAGCAGGUGUUGAGUCAAAAGAGAAGUCAUCUGAGAGAGUCGACCUGCCAACUGGCCCAACCAGAGAUGGACUCAGAGCCCACAGACGAAAGUGUGGAUGAAGCCACUCAGUCAGUGGAAAUCGUGGUGGAGACAGAGGCGGAGGCUGGAGCCAGCGGCUACAGUGUGACCGGUGGAGGACAGCGAGGGAUCUUUGUUAAAGACGUUCUGAAAGACUCACCAGCCGCUAAACAUCUCAGUCUACAGGAAGGUGACCAGCUGCUGAGUGCCAAGGUCUAUUUCGACAACGUGAAGUAUGAAGACGCUCUUAAGAUCCUUCAGUGUGCGGAGCCAUAUAAGGUCAGCUUCCAGCUGAAGAGGACCAUCCUUGGAGCAGAGGUCACCAUGCAGCCUCGAGUUCCCAGCAUGGAGGUCAAAGGUCCCAAAGCCAAGAUGGCCAAAAUGAGUGUGAAGGGAUCCAAGCCGUUCAAGGUCAAGAAGAAGAGAGGUGGUCGUUUUGGUCUGAAGAGGCUGAAAGAGAAUCGCAGAGAAGAGCUGGUGAUUGAGGGAACGCCCCCCAGACUGGAGAUGAGUGACGUAGAUGUGGAGUUUUCUCUCCCCAAAUUCAAACAGAGGAGGAGCGCGAAGGUCGAAGCAGGAGGAGCAACAGCUGCAGCAAAGGCAAAGAGGAGGAUCAGAUUUCCUCGUAUGAAAACAAAGGGCUAUGCUGGAGCAGAGACAGGAGGAAAAGUGGACACAGGACGAUUUGAGGGACAAGUGAACGUCUCUCCAUCUGAGAUAACUGAAGCUAAACUGAAAACCAAAGGAAAAGGACACAAGUUUGGAAUCACCUUUCCUAAGAGCAAGCACACAAAGUCAGGCUCAGCUUUGGGAAUGGGAUCUGUGGAGCUAAAGCCCCCAGGUGUGAACAUCCAGCCACCAUCAGUGGAGUUCAGUUUGCCUGGCAAUAAAGAUGUGGAUGUGGAGAAGGAAGGGUUUAAGAUUAACGCGCCUGAUGUGGAGUUUGCACUCCCUUCAGGAAAAGCUGAGGCGUCUCUGCCUGCUGUGAAGGGAAAGGCAGAAAUCAAAGCUCCUAGAAUUGACAUCAAAGGAGGAGUUGAUGCAGAGGCAGCUGUAGGAAAAGUUGAUGUAGAUGUAGGCAAGGGAGAUGCAAAGCAAAGAAUGCCAAAGUUUAAACUGCCCAAAGUUAGACUCCCACAUCUUUCAGAUGAGAUAGAUGGUGAUAUCAAGGUAAAAGCCAAAGGGAUAAAAGUGCCUCACACUGAUAUAAUACCUCCAAAAGUAGAAAUCAAAGGAGAUGGUGAGAUUGGUCUCCCCGAAGCAAAUAUCACCAAACCAAUGAUGGAAGGUGAUCUAUCGGGAAAAGCCGCAUCUAUUCAAAUGCCUUCUAUUGAUAUUUCUUUACCAAAUGUGAAGGGAAAGACUGACAAUGACGUCUCACUUCCAGAGUACAGAGGAGCUGGGAAGACAGCAAUCAAAAUCCCUGCUAUUGACAUCUCUGUGCCUGAUGUUGAUGUGGAACUGGACGCCAGUCACAGAAUUCCUGACGAGGUGGAGGGCACCUUCAAAGGCCCCAAAAUCUCCAUGCCAAAGAUUGAUAUGUCGUUACAAAAGACGGGAUCUUCCAAUAUGGAUAUUGAAGGUCCAGAAGGUGGAGGAAAAUUUAGUCUACCCUCUGUUGACAUCUCUCUCCCAAAUGUGAAAACAAAGGGUGAAGAUGUGGACAUGGAGUAUUAUGUUGGUGGAGAUGGGAAGUUCAAAAUGCCUGAUUUUGACAUCUCUUUCCCAAAAAUGAAGUCACCAGAAGGAGAGGUAAAUAUGAAAGGACAAGAGGUGGAGGAUCAUUUCAAGUUACCCAAAGUAGACCUGACCCUUCCCAAAGGCAAAGCAGGAACGACAGAUAUUGAAGGAGGAGGAAAAUUUCAGUUACCAUCAUUUGACAUCUCCCUCCCUAAAAUGAAGACAGGUGAGCUGGAAGUCAACCUCGAAGGCCCUGAAGUGAAAGGUGGUAAAUUUGAAAUGCCCACACUUGACAUUUCUCUGCCCAGAAGCAAAAUAGAAGGAGACACAGAAGUAGAAGGGAAUGAUGGGAAGGGAGGACAAUUCAAGAUGCCUACCUUUGACAUCUCACUCCCAAAGAUGAAAACCAAGGAGGCAGAGGUUGAUAUUAAAGGACCUGAAGUCAAAGGAGGAGCAAAGAUCAACAUGCCGUCACUCGACAUCUCUCUUCCUGCAGUGAAAUCACCAGAGGGGGAAGUAAAGCUCAAAGGUCCUGAAGCCAAAGGAGGAGCAAAGAUCAACAUGCCGUCACUCGACAUCUCUCUUCCUGCAGUGAAAUCACCAGAGGGGGAAGUAAAGCUCAAAGGUCCUGAAGCCAAAGGAGGAAAGUUCCAGAUGCCUUCUUUUGAUAUGUCACUACCAAAGAUCAAAUCACAGGGAGGUGACAUCGAUAUUGAAGGUCCUGAGUUUAAGGUUAACACACCAGAGGCAGAUUUAAACCUAAAGAGAAGUGAGAUUAAGGGAGGGAAAAUAAACACACCUACAGCUGAUAUCUCUUUUCCAAAAGGAAAAGUAGAGGGUGAGAUAGAUAUUGAAGGAUCCACAGGAAAAGAAGGCAAGUUUAAGAUGCCUACAUUUGAUGUAACGCUACCCAAGAUGAAGAUGCCUGAAGGAAAAAUUGGUCUUGAGGGACCCUCAGUUGAUAUCUCUCUUCCAAAGGGGAAAGUAGAAGGUGACAUGCAAACUAAAGGUAAAGGAGGACAUUUUCAUAUGCCCUCAGUUGAUGUUUCUCUCCCUAAAAUAAAAUCAAAGCGACGUGAUAUUGAGGGACCACAAAUCAAAGGUGGAGAAAUAAAAAUGCCAACUAUUGACAUCUCACCCCCUCAAGGAACAUUAGAAGGCGAAGGAAGAGGAGGCAAAGUCAGCCUACCAUCUGUAGACAUUGUCCUCCCUACUGUAAAAUUCCCAGAGGGAGAUGUGAAUUUUCAAGGGCCGAAAGUUAAAGGUGGGAAGUUUGAAAUGCCAAAAAUCGACCUCUCGCUUCCUCAAGGACAUGCACAGGGAGACAUUGAUAUUGACAUUCACUCUGGGAAAGAUGGGAAUAUUGAGAUACCAUCCUAUAAUAUUGGACUUCCUAAAGGAAAUGUCAAAGCUGACAUAAAUGUUGAAGGUCCUGCAGGGGGGACAGCCAAAUUCAAAAUGCCAAAAUUCGGCAUUUCACUUCCAAAGAUGAACCUGCCAGAGGGUGAUGUCAAACUGGAAGGACCAGAGAUUAAAGGAAAAAUUGAAAUGCCGACUGUUGAUAUUUCACUUCCAAAAGGAAAAAUAGAGGGAGAUGUUGACAUGGAAGGACAUGGGGUUAAAGGAGGAAAGUUUAACAUGCCUUCAAUCGAUAUCACUCUUCCUAAAAUAAAACCUAAGGAAGUCAGUGUCGAUAUUGAAGGGCCUGAUGUUCAAGGAGGAAAGUUCAAUAUGGCAUCACUUGAUGUCUCGGCACCUAAAAUAAAAUCUCCAGAGGUAGAUGUCAGCCUUGAGGGUCCAGAUGUUAAAGGAGGACAUUUCAAAAUGCCAGCUGUUGACAUUUCACUUCCAAAAGCAAAAGGUGAAGCUGGCAUAAAUAUUGAAGGUCCUGAAGGAAAAGGAGGAAACAUCAAAAUACCUGAAUUUGAUCUCUCAUUACCAAUACCAAAAGUACAUUUUCCAGAGGGUGAUGUCAAGUUAAAAGGUCCUGAGAUCAAGGGCAGGAAGAUUGAGAUGCCAGACAUUGAUAUUUCACUCCCCAAAGGAAAAGCAGGAGGAGAAAUUGAAAUUGAAGGACAGGCUGGUAAAGGAGGAAAGUUCCAUAUGCCCUCUGUUGAUAUAUCUCUUCCUAAAAUGAAAGCUAUGGGACCAGAGGUCAACAUAGAAGGUCCUGAACUUAAGGGAGGAAAAAUCAACAUACCAGACCUUUCACUCCCCAAAGGAAAGGCUGACGCUGACCUCAGAAUUGAAGGUCCUGAGGUAAAAGGGGGCAAAUUCAAAAUGCCCAAAUUUGACGUUUCACUUCCAAAGAUGAACCUGCCAGAGGGCAAUGUGGAAAUGCCAACGUUUGAUAUUUCACUUCCAAAAGGAAAGGUAAAGGGAGAUGUUGACAUUGAGGGACAUGUGGGUAAAGGAGGCAAGUUUCACAUGCCCUCGGUUGAUAUAUCUCUUCCUAAAAUAAAAGCAAAGGGAGUUGAUGUUGAUAUUGAAGGACCUGAACUUAAAGGUGACAUGUCGUUACCUAAAAUUAAGUCUCCAGAGGUUGACAUCAGCCUCGAGGAUGUUAAAGAAGGGAAGUUUAACUUGCCAACUGUUGAUGUUUCACUCCCCAAAGGAAAAGUUGAAGGCGACCUAAAUAUUGAAGGUCCUGACAUAAAAGGAGGCAAAUUUAAAAUGCCAAAAUUUAAUGUUUCAUUGCCAAAAGUGAAUCUCCCAGAGAGUGAUGUCAAAAUUAAAGGCCCAGAUAUCAAGGGAGGGAAGAUUGAAAUGCCAGACAUUGAUAUUUCACUCCCCAAAGGAAAAGCAGGAGGAGAAAUUGAAAUUGAAGGUCGUGCUGGCAAACGAGGAAAGUUCCAUAUGCCCUCUGUUGAUAUAUCUCUUCCUAAAAUGAAAGCCAAGGGACCAGAAAUAAAUAUUGAUGACCCUGAAGUUAAAGGUGGAAAGCUAAACAUGCCAUCACUUGAUGUUUCUCUGCCCAAAAUAAAAUCCCCCGAUAUAGAUAUCACCCUUGAGGGUCCUGAUGUUAAAGGGGGAAAGUUAAACUUGCCAGCUGUUGACAUUUCACUUCCCAAAGGAAAGGUUGAUGCUGAUCUCAAUGUUGAGGGUCCUGAGGUUAAAGGAGGUAAAUUCAAGAUGCCCAAAUUUGAUGUUUCGCUUCCAAAGAUCAACCUGCCAGAGGGCAAUGUGGAAAUGCCCACAGUUGAUAUUUCACUUCCAAAAGGAAAGGUAAAGGGAGAUGUUGACAUAGAGGGACAUGCUGGCAAAGGAGGCAAGUUUCACAUGCCCUCGGUUGAUAUAUCUCUUCCUAAAAUAAAAGCAAAGGGAGUUGAUGUUGAUAUUGAAGGACCUGAACUUAAAGGUGACAUGUCGUUACCUAAAAUUAAGUCUCCAGAGGUUGACAUCAGCCUCGAGGAUGUUAAAGAAGGAAAGUUUAACUUGCCAACUGUUGACGUUUCACUCCCCAAAGGAAAAGUUGAAGGCGACCUAAAUAUUGAAGGUCCUGACAUAAAAGGAGGCAAAUUUAAAAUGCCAAAAUUUAAUGUGGCAUUGCCAAAAGUGAAUCUCCCAGAGAGUGAUGUCAAAAUUAAAGGCCCAGACAUCAAGGGAGGGAAGAUUGAAAUGCCAGAUAUUGACAUUUCCCUCCCCAAAGGAAAAGCUGGAGGAGAAACAGAAGUACACACUGGCAAAGGAGGGAAGUUCCAUAUGCCCUCGGUUGAUAUCUCUCUUCCUAAAAUGAAAGCUAAGGGACCAGAGAUAAAUAUUGAUGGUCCUGAAGUUAAAGGUGGAAAGCUAAACAUGCCAUCACUUGAUGUUUCUCUAUCCAAAAUAAAAUCUCCUGAUGUAGAUAUCAGCCUCGAAGGUCCUGAUGUUAAAGGAGGAAAGGUCAACAUCCCAUCUGUUGACAUUUCACUUCCCAAAGGAAAAGUUGAGGGUGACGUAAAUGUUGAAGGCCUUGAAAUGAAAGGCGGGAAAUUCAAACUGCCGAAAUUUGAUGUCACUUUACCAAAAGCGAGUCUCCCAAAGGUUAAUGCCAAUGUGGAAGGACCAGAUAUGAAAGGAAAAAUUGAAAUGCCAACUAUUUCACUUCCAAAAGGAAAGGCAGACAUGGAUUUUGACAUUGGUGUACACAGUGGUAAAGGAAGCAGGUUUCACAUACCCUCACUUGACAUCUCUCUUCCUAAAAUUAAAGCAAAAGGAGUUGAUGUUGAUAUUGAAGGACCUGAAGUCAAAGGUGACAUGUCACUCCCUAAAAUGAAGUCCCCAGAGGUAGAUAUCAACCUCGAGGGUCCAGAUGUUAAAGGAGGAAAGUUUACCUUGCCAACUGUUGACAUUUCACUACCCAAAGGAAAGGUUGAAGGUGACCUCAGUAUUGAGGGUCCUGAGGUAAAAGGAGGAAAAUUCAAAAUGCCCAAAUUUGACGUUUCACUUCCAAAGGUGACCCUGCCAGAGGGCAACGUGGAAAUGCCAACAGUUGAUAUUUCACUCCCAAAAGGAAAGGCAGACGUGGAUAUUGACAUUGAUGGGCACGGUGCUAAAGGAGGCAAGUUUCAUAUGCCCUCACUUGAUAUCUCACUUCCUAAAAUCAAAGGACCUGAACUUAAAGGUGACAUGUCACUCCCUAAAAUGAAGUCUCCAGAGGUAGAUAUCAACCUUGAGGGUCCUGAUGUUAAAGGAGGAAAGUUUACCUUGCCAACUGUUGACAUUUCACUACCCAAAGGAAAGGUUGAAGGUGACCUCAGUAUUGAGGGUCCUGAGGUAAAAGGAGGAAAAUUCAAAAUGCCCAAAUUUGACGUUUCACUUCCAAAGGUGACCCUGCCAGAGGGCAACGUGGAAAUGCCAACAGUUGAUAUUUCACUCCCAAAAGGAAAGGCAGACGUGGAUAUUGACAUUGAUGGGCACGGUGCUAAAGGAGGCAAGUUUCAUAUGCCCUCACUUGAUAUCUCACUUCCUAAAAUCAAAGGACCUGAACUUAAAGGUGACAUGUCACUCCCUAAAAUUAAGUCUCCAGAGGCAGAUAUCAACCUUGAGGGUCCAGAUGUUCAAGGAGGAAAGUUUAACUUGCCAACUGUUGACAUUUCAAUACCCAAAGGAAAAGUUGAGUGUGACCUUGAUGUUGAGGGCCCUGAGGUGAAGGGGGGUAAAUUUAAACUUCCAAAAUUUGAUGUGUCUUUACCAAAAGUGAGUCUCCCAGAGGGUGAUGUCAAAGUAAAAGGCCCAGAUUUCAAGGGAGGGAAGAUUCAGAUACCAGACAUUGAUAUUUCACUCCCCAAAGGGAAGACCAAAGGAGAAAUGGAAAUUGAAGGACAUGUUGGAAAAGGAGGCAAGUUUCAUAUGCCCUCGGUUGAUAUCUCUCUUCCUAAAAUUAAAGCAAAGGGACCACAAGUCAACAUAGAGGGUCCUGAACUUAAAGGCAGAAAAAUCAACAUCCCAAGUGUUGAUAUUUCAUUACCUGAAGGAAGGGCUGAAGCUGACCUCAGUAUUGAGGGUCCCAAAGUAAAAGGAGACAAAUUCAAAAUGCCCAAAUUUGACGUUUCACUUCCAAAGAUGAACCUGCCAGAAGGCAAUUUCAAAGUGGAAGGACCAGAAAUGAAGGGAGGAACGAUGCCAGCUGCUGAAAUUUCAGUUCCAGUGGGAAAAGUAGAGGGAGAUAUCAAUAUUGAAGGACCGUCUGAAAAGGAAAAGUCUGAAGUGCCAAAAAUUGACCUAUCUGGUAAAAAAGGUGGUGGACUCCACAUGCCAACUCUUGACAUAAAUCUCCCCAAAUUUGAUCUUGACCUCAGCCUCCCCUAUGGUCUGAAAGACAAAAGCCUCAAAGUAGACACCAGUGGUCCUGAUGCAUCAGGACAUUUGGAGAUGUCUGGUCUCAAAGGAGAUAUUAAUCCAGCCAAGUUGAAAAUUAAGGGCGCUGACAUAGGGAGAGGUAGUGCAGAAGGUCCAAGUGCAUCCCUCAAGCUUCCUACUGUAAAACUACCGACAGUUGACAUUUCAGCGCCAAAGGUGGAUCUAGACUUUGGCCUAAACAAACCUAAAGGUGACGAUGUGGAAGUGGAGCUUCUGAAAGCAGAGGGAGGGAGGCCUUCUUCAGGGGGCAGCUUUGAUCUACCUGAUGUCUCCCUCAAAGUCCCCAGUUUCUCUCUUCCCAGGUUUGGUGGAAAGUCCAAGAGCGGUGAUUUUCAGAAAUCAGGGAAAGGCCCCAAAGGAGACAUUUCCCUUAGCCCACCACAAGGAGAGAUUAGGGCACCAUCAGUAGAGUUUGAUGGGGAUGGAAAAGUCAAGGUGAAAAAACCUAAACUCAAAAUGCCCUCAUUUGGUAUAUCCAAAAAGGAUGCAAAUGUAUCUGUGUCUUGCCCUGAUGUGGAUGUUAAAGUGAAAAAGGGGGGCAUUGACAUUUCUAAACCGGAAAUCAAUGUUGAGAGCCCAGGUGAUAAAUCAAAAUACAAAGUGAAAUUCCCCAAGUUUAAAAUAUCAUCACCUAAAAGUCAACUCCCAGAGGGAGAUGGUAAUGCUAAACUGGAAGCAAAUGUGGAAGGGAAAGGUGGCUUCCAUGCACCUGACGUCACUAUUGAACUGCCAAAGUUCUCCAUGCCAGGAUUUGGCUCUAAAGAAAAAGAUUUAGGUAAGCUAAGUGGUUACCAUGACGCUAAGGCCAAGGUCAAGAUGCCCUCAGUCGAACUGUCACUACCAGCAGCUAAAACACCAGAGACUGAGAUUCUUCUUCCCAAAGCAGAAGUUGAUGUCUCAGAAGCUGAUAUCAGAGGUUAUGAGGGAAACCUCAAAAUUCCCAAAAUGCCAACUAUUGACGUUUCAGUCCCCAAAAUAGAUCUGGAUGUGUCCCUGCCAAAAGUAAAGCAUGAUGCAAAGGUUAAUGGAGAAGGAGGUAAAUUCAAGAUGCCAAACAUCAAAAUGCCUGACAUUGACAUGUCUCUUCCUAAAGGAAAGACUGGUAAGUUAGAGGGAUCAGAUGUUGAAAUUGAGGGAGGAGGAAAGCUGAAGAUGCCACAUGUCAAAAUGCCACAAGUUGACAUUAAGCUGCCAAAAAUGAAGACUGCUGAGGUUGAUACACCAGAUGUGGAAGCAAAUGUUAAGGGAGGAGGAACAAAAUUCACAGUGCCACAUCUCAGCAUGCCCUCUGUUGAUAUCUCUCUGCCCAAAGGAAAGAUCGAAGGCCCAGAUGUUGAAAUAGAGGGAGGUACCGGAGGAAAGUUUAAAAUGCCUCACAUGAAAAUGCCAGAUGUUGAUAUCUCUCUGCCCAAAGGAAAGAUCGAAGGCCCAGACGUUGAAAUAGAGGGAGGUACCGGAGGAAAGUUCAAAAUGCCUCACGUGAAAAUGCCAGAUGUUGAUAUCUCUCUGCCCAAAGGAAAGAUCGAAGGCCCAGACGUUGAAAUAGAGGGAGGUACCGGAGGAAAGUUCAAAAUGCCUCACGUGAAAAUGCCAAAUGUUGAUAUCUCUCUGCCCAAAGGAAAGAUCGGAGGCCCAGACAUUGAAAUAGAGGGAGGUACCGGAGGAAAGUUCAAAAUGCCUCACGUGAAAAUGCCAAAUGUUGAUAUCUCUCUGCCCAAAGGAAAGAUUGAAGGUCCAGACGUUGAAAUAGAGGGAGGUACCGGAGGAAAGUUCAAAAUGCCUCACAUGAAAAUGCCAGAUGUUGAUAUCUCUCUGCCCAAAGGAAAGAUCGAAGGCCCAGAUGUUGAAAUAGAGGGAGGUACCGGAGGAAAGUUCAAAAUGCCUCACAUGAAAAUGCCAGAUGUUGGUAUCUCUCUGCCCAAAGGAAAGAUCGAAGGCCCAGAUGUUGAAAUAGAGGGAGGUACCGGAGGAAAGUUCAAAAUGCCUCACAUGAAAAUGCCCUCAGUUAACAUUUCACUACCAAAAGGAAAGAUCGAAGGCCCAGACGUUGAAAUAGAGGGAGGUACCGGAGGAAAGUUCAAAAUGCCUCACAUGAAAAUGCCAAAUGUUGAUAUCUCUCUGCCCAAAGGAAAGAUCGAAGGCCCAGACGUUGAAAUAGAGGGAGGUACCGGAGGAAAGUUCAAAAUGCCUCACAUGAAAAUGCCAAAUGUUGAUAUCUCUCUGCCCAAAGGAAAGAUUGAAGGUCCAGACAUUGAAAUAGAGGGAGGUACCGGAGGAAAGUUCAAAAUGCCUCACAUGAAAAUGCCAGAUGUUGAUAUCUCUCUGCCCAAAGGAAAGAUCGAAGGCCCAGAUGUUGAAAUAGAGGGAGGUACCGGAGGAAAGUUCAAAAUGCCUCACGUGAAAAUGCCAGAUGUUGAUAUCUCUCUGCCCAAAGGAAAGAUCGAAGGCCCAGACGUUGAAAUAGAGGGAGGUACCGGAGGAAAGUUCAAAAUGCCUCACAUGAAAAUGCCAGAUGUUGAUAUCUCUCUGCCCAAAGGAAAGAUCGAAGGCCCAGACGUUGAAAUAGAGGGAGGUACCGGAGGAAAGUUCAAAAUGCCUCACAUGAAAAUGCCAAAUGUUGAUAUCUCUCUGCCCAAAGGAAAGAUUGAAGGUCCAGACAUUGAAAUAGAGGGAGGUACCGGAGGAAAGUUCAAAAUGCCUCACAUGAAAAUGCCAGAUGUUGGUAUCUCUCUGCCCAAAGGAAAGAUUGAAGGUCCAGACAUUGAAAUAGAGGGAGGUACCGGAGGAAAGUUCAAAAUGCCUCACAUGAAAAUGCCAGAUGUUGAUAUCUCUCUGCCCAAAGGAAAGAUCGAAGGCCCAGAUGUUGAAAUAGAGGGAGGUACCGGAGGAAAGUUCAAAAUGCCUCACGUGAAAAUGCCAAAUGUUGAUAUCUCUCUGCCCAAAGGAAAGAUUGAAGGUCCAGACAUUGAAAUAGAGGGAGGUACCGGAGGAAAGUUCAAAAUGCCUCACGUGAAAAUGCCAGAUGUUGAUAUCUCUCUGCCCAAAGGAAAGAUUGAAGGUCCAGACGUUGAAAUAGAGGGAGGUACCGGAGGAAAGUUCAAAAUGCCUCACAUGAAAAUGCCAGAUGUUGAUAUCUCUCUGCCCAAAGGAAAGAUCGAAGGCCCAGAUGUUGAAAUAGAGGGAGGUACCGGAGGAAAGUUCAAAAUGCCUCACAUGAAAAUGCCCUCAGUUAACAUUUCACUACCAAAAGGAAAGAUCGAAGGUCCAGAUGUUGAAAUAGAGGGAGGUACCGGAGGAAAGUUCAAAAUGCCUCACAUGAAAAUGCCAGAUGUUGAUAUCUCUCUGCCCAAAGGAAAGAUCGAAGGCCCAGACGUUGAAAUAGAGGGAGGUACCGGAGGAAAGUUCAAAAUGCCUCACAUGAAAAUGCCAAAUGUUGAUAUCUCUCUGCCCAAAGGAAAGAUUGAAGGUCCAGACAUUGAAAUAGAGGGAGGUACCGGAGGAAAGUUCAAAAUGCCUCACAUGAAAAUGCCAGAUGUUGAUAUCUCUCUGCCCAAAGGAAAGAUCGAAGGCCCAGAUGUUGAAAUAGAGGGAGGUACCGGAGGAAAGUUCAAAAUGCCUCACGUGAAAAUGCCAAAUGUUGAUAUCUCUCUGCCCAAAGGAAAGAUCGAAGGCCCAGAUGUUGAAAUAGAGGGAGGUACCGGAGGAAAGUUCAAAAUACCUCACAUGAAAAUGCCAGAUAUUGAUAUCUCUCUGCCAAAAGGAAAGAUCGAAGGCCCAGAAGUUGAAACAGGCGGAGAUGGCAGAGGGAAAUUCAAAAUGCCUCACAUGAAAAUGCCCUCAGUUAACAUUUCACUACCAAAAGGAAAGAUCGAAGGCCCAGACAAUAAAAUAGAAGGAGGUACCGGAGGAAAGUUCAAAAUGCCUCACAUGAAAAUGCCAGAUGUUGAUAUCUCUCUGCCAAAAGGAAAGAUCGAAGGCCCAGAAGUUGAAACAGGCGGAGAUGGCAGAGGGAAAUUCAAAAUGCCUCACAUGAAAAUGCCCUCAGUUAACAUUUCACUACCAAAAGGAAAGAUUGAAGGUCCAGAUGUUGAAAUAGAGGGAGGUACCGGAGGAAAGUUCAAAAUGCCUCACAUGAAAAUGCCAGAUGUUGAUAUCUCUCUGCCCAAAGGAAAGAUCGAAGGCCCAGACACUAAAAUAGAAGGAGGUACCGGAGGAAAGUUCAAAAUGCCUCACAUGAAAAUGCCAGAUGUUGAUAUCUCUCUGCCCAAAGGAAAGAUCGAAGGCCCAGACGUUGAAAUAGAGGGAGGUACCGGAGGAAAGUUCAAAAUGCCUCACAUGAAAAUGCCAGAUGUUGAUAUCUCUCUGCCCAAAGGAAAGAUCGAAGGCCCAGACGUUGAAAUAGAGGGAGGUACCGGAGGAAAGUUCAAAAUGCCUCACAUGAAAAUGCCAGAUAUUGAUGUCUCUCUGCCCAAAGGAAAGAUCGAAGGCCCAGACACUAAAAUAGAGGGAGGUACCGGAGGAAAGUUCAAAAUGCCUCACAUGAAAAUGCCAGAUAUUGAUAUCUCUCUGCCCAAAGGAAAGAUCGAAGGCCCAGACGUUGAAAUAGAGGGAGAUGGAGGAGGGAAAUUCAAAAUGCCUCACAUGAAAAUGCCAGAAGUUGACAUCACGCUGCCUAAAGGAAAGAUUGAUGGUCCUGAAGUGGAGCUGAAAGGGGAAGGUGGAAGAUUCAAGAUGCCACAUCUCAACAUGCCCUCUGUUGAUAUUUCACUGCCUAAAGGAAAGAUUGAAGGUCCAGACAUUGAAAUAGAGGGAAGUACUGGAGGAAAGUUCAAAAUGCCUCACAUGAAAAUGCCAGAUGUUGACAUCUCUCUGCCCAAAGGAAAAUUUGACAAUAUUGAAGGAGCACAGCUGGAGAUUGAGGGAGGCAAAUCUAAAAUUCCACAUAUGACAAUGCCAUCAGUAGACAUUUCACUGCCAAAAGGAAAGACUGAAGUUGAAAUUAAGGGUGAGGGAGGAAAGUUCAAGAUGCCACAAGUUGACAUAUCUCUUCCUAAAGGAAUACCUUCAAUUGAAGGUCCGGAGGUAGAGGUUAAGGGCGAUGUGGGACAGCAAAACAUGCCAGAUGUUGACAUAUCUAUCCCUAAACGAAAAGCAAAUAUUGACACACCAGAGGUUAAAGUGGAGGCAGAGGGAGGAACCAUCAAGCUUCCACAUAUAAAGAUGCCAAAAGUUGAUAUUUCACUUCCUAAAGGUAAAAGUAAAGAUACUGAAGCACCUGAUAGAGACCUGGAAGUUACAGCAGGAAAGUUCAAAGGUCCAGAUGUUAAACUUCCAAAGGCGGGUAUAUACUUACCAACUGCUGAGGCAGGAGGGAAAAUUAAAGUGCCGCAAGUAACAUCACCGAAUCUGGACAUCGAUGUAACAAGUAGUAAACCUAAACAAGACACAGAGGCUCAUGGGAAGGCUGAGUUGCAUGUUGAGGGAGAGCACAAAGGUCUGAAACUCAAGAUGCCAACAAUAAAUAUCCAGGGUCCAAAAGGAGACCUGGAGCUCGAUUUAGGACUUCACAGAGGAGAAGGCAAAAAGGACAGAAAAAAAGUUGAACUACCCGACUUGGAUAUCAACUCAGCAGGAACCAGAAAAGUAAAGGGGCCUAAAGUCAAAGGAACUAAAUUCAAGAUCGGAAUCCCAAAAAAGAAAACUGGCCGAAAUGUGACAGCAGAAGCAAAAACAUGCAAAAACUGUGGCGAAGAGGAGUCAGGUGUUCAAAUUAAACACAAAUGCAAGGUUAAAGACAGAUUUGAGGUUGAAGUUGAAGUUGAAACUCACAACGGACAUAAAGAGGACAAAGAUCGUAUUAACAUCUCAGUGCCAGAGGUUACAUUACCAAGUGUACAAGGCUCAACCAACUUAGGCACAGGGGGAGAAGGUGGCCUCUCGUCAUCAAGAGCAGAAAUCAAAGUCCCCAGGAUUCCAGACAUAGAGUUUGAUAUUGGCACAUCACAGGCUGAAGAUGAUGACAAAACAGAAAAGGGCAAGAAAAUCAAAAUCCCUAAGUUUGGUGUCCCAUUACCCUCCAUCUCCUCUCCCGAGGGAAGAAUGAAUAUGUAUGGGCCAGAAAUUCAGUACGAGGGCCCUAAAAUGCCCAAAGUAAAGAAAGCUGUUUUUGUCUUGGUAAAUCCUCCUCAAACAGAUGAGCCCACUGCAUGCACAGGCCCCCUGCAAGAGGAGACAACAUUUGAGGCUGAAACAAGGAAUGUCAAAGUGAAAAUGCCCAAAAUCAAAAAGAAGUCCAAAGAUAAAUCAGCUGAUGUGAGCACAGAGAGAGAGUGGGAGGGAGAGGAAAACUCGAUGGGUGGGGGGAUUAAAAUGCCUAAAGGGUCAUUUUCUCCUGGCAAAUCAGAGUCGUUUGACGUCACUCUAAAGGGCAAAGGUUCAAGUUCAAGUCUCAACGGUGAACAAGAUGCAAGCCCUCACAAAGGCUCCAAGGACAGUAAAGGGACAUUCAGUGGUAAAAUCAAACUUCCAAAGGUGGAGUUCACCUCUCCAUAUGGCAAGACGGCUGCAGGGGAGGAGGACACGGAAAUGAGUGGGAAACUAGGGAGAGAUUCAUCACGAGUAGAGGUGUGGGAAGACACUAAAGGGCUUAAAGUAAGAUCAGGCAAGAUGACCUUUGCAGGCUUUAGUGAGGAGCUCAUGGAGGAUGUGGUGUCAUCUCAUGCCAGAACAGAUAUGCUGGACAGGGACAGCUCAGCGUCCCCUGCUAGUUUUACCAUGGAGUUCAGCUCAACAAAGGCCCAGGCUUGGAGUGAGGUGGAGAGCAAAAGCAGGGUGUCUGAGGAAAGAGAGUCUUCCCCCUGGUUCAAGGUCCCUAAGUUCAACCUGAAGCCACACUCCACAGGCUUCCUUCAGAUAACCCCAGAGGGCUCUCCUCAGGCCCAGCGGAAGGGGGAGUUGGGAGGUGAGGCUGAUGUCUCCGGGUCUUUCUGCCUUCACACCUCAGGGCUCGACUUCACCACCCAGGAAAUGUCCGAAGAGCACCAGGUCUCCUCCGCCGAGAAGGGAACUGUCACCCUGAUGACCAAGACCACCAGAAUCACUCGGCAAAUGGUUGCCACUGAAACGCGAACAGGUGAAUCUUCGACAACCACGACAACAACUCACCAAAUGUCAGAAUAGUGAGGAUGCUGUAAUGAUAUCUUAAAUGUCUUUGAAUUUUUUUGUUUUUCUUUGGUGAGGUUGCAGUGUUCUUGUAAGCUAAGCCUGCAACUUGUCAAACCUUGACUAAGUCUUUAUUUUAUAUUUUAAUAGGUGAGGUAUGAAUGUGAUGAAAAGCAUCAUCAAUCAGCAUUAUUGUCAUUAUUACAGCAACAGAGUAAUAUAUGCUUCUUUUUUUCAUUUUAAAUGUGAUAAUUUUUUUGUUACUGUCCUCCGAGUGUUGUUAGUUUAGUCUUAAUUAUUUAUCAGAUUUUGUUUGGUUUUAAAGGUUUCUUUCUGAAUGUAAACAUGUCAGAUUGCUAAAUUAUUUAUUGUUGUUUGUGUGUUCAAAAUGGGCUGGAAUGAGUCAUUUACUCAAAUCAACAUCAAGGAUUUAACCAUGAUUCUAUGAUUAGUUCCAAAGUAAUUCAUUUUGAACGACUACAGUACAGGCCAGAGUAAUAUUUAUGUAAAUACAUCUAUAUAAUAGCUUUUUUUGAAGCAGUAUCCCAUUCAAUACGAAAUGUAAUUAUUUUCAUAUUCACCAGAGCCAGGAGUUGAAAUGCUAUUUUUUGACCUGAUAAUCUAUUUUAUUUGUCUUGAAUGAAAAGUGUGAGCAUUUUGAAAUUAUAGGCGUUACUCAUUUUCUGCCAUAGUUUUAUAUUUUAAGCAUUUAACUGGUGCUGUUACCCAGAGAUAGUCACAGUGAGUGAGCAGGACACUCUGGACUCUUUUUCUGCUGUGGGAAUCAAACCUGUGACCUUCUGGUUACAGCUUGCUCUCAAACAUUUAGGCCACCCUGCUGCUAAUGUAUUGUUUUUACUGUACACUGCCAUGAGACACUGCUGUAUAUAUUGUGAUUGAGGAAUUAGCUUAAAGAUACACCCUCCGACUGAUGCAGAUCUUUUGAAACUCAGCUGUUACUGUAAGGCUGCUACAAUGACAGACUGGCUGAAGAGUGGCGAGCCUUGAUCUUGUACAAAAGCAAUCACGUAAAAAGAAAUAUGUCCUCUAAAGACAUAAGAGGGCGGAUCGAGGACAAGGCACCAAGGCGCAUUAUUAUAUGAAUAUUUUUGAACAUAUAACAAAAUAAGUUUGGAUGUUAUAAUGAUUAACAGCAUUUUCAUUAAGUGCCUUUACCCCUUAUUUUUCAAGAGUAUGUCCUCCAUUUAAAGUGUAAAUUGCUUUGAAGUGGAGCCUCAUGCUGUCUUUUAGAUAUCUAUUUUAUUGUCACCACAUUGAGAAAUGUAAGUUUCAUUCUCAAAUGCAGAAAAAAUCAACUACUGUAAUGUUUCUGGCAUUAAAAACUUACUUUUGAAAACUACCAAUUUGAUAAGCUACUCCGCCAUUUACGUACAAGAUCACAGUUUUACAGGAUACAGCGAUCAGAAUGUUUCAAAAUAAUGAACUGAAUGGAUGUAAAGAAUUUAAGAAUGAAUACUUUUUCAUUUACUUUUAUUUUACUUGUUUGGUAGAAAAAAUGCAUGAGGAAAUCCUGACAAAUCCACUCCCACAUUUUUACAUUAACAACUUUUGACACCAUGCCUGUUCUACAGGUGAGAAAUAGGUGUUUAAAAAGCUGGAACGAGAGUAGUGACAUGUCAAGGUAACACGCACUGAGUAGUAGUGUAUAGAGAUUUUUACCUUUCUGGUUUAAUCAAGUCCUUCAUUAAGAUAAUAAGGGUUUAAGUGACAAGUGUUUUUUGUCAAAGCUGCAUUGAAGAGGAUGCUGGUUAAACUGCAAUAAAGUAAAAUUCACACAAAAAGAA